UGCCCACAAGGCUGCUUUUCCUUUUUGAUCCAUUCAAAAAUUACUCACUGCAAAUUCUCGGACAGCUCAGGGAGGAGAAGCUGGGGGCGCGGAGGACAGAGAAGGCUGCAGCGGCGCAGCGUUGGGACUCCUGGGCCCCGUGGGCUGAGGUCGGAUCCGCUGCAGCCGCUGGCCGGCGCCGAGCUUGAGUGGCCUCUCCAGGAAGCAUCAGUCUCCGCCCAAGGAUCUGGGAGCGCCGCCCCCGCCGUCCUCCCGGGACCCCCGGCUCCGGCGCGCCGGCGAUGGGCGGCCGCUGAGUGGGCACUCGACACCGCGACCCUAGUCCUCGGCAUGGCCGCGCGCGAGGAGCUGUACAGCAAAGUCACCCCGCGCAGGGACCGCCUGCAGCGCCCGGGCACAGUCAAGCAUGGGUCGGCGCUGGAAGUCCUCCUGUCCAUGGGCUUCCCUCGCGCCCGCGCACAAAAAGCUCUGGCAUCCACAGGAGGAAGAAGCGUUCAAGCAGCAUGUGACUGGUUGUUCUCCCAUGUCGGUGACCCCUUCCUGGAUGACCCCCUCCCUCGGGAGUAUGUCCUCUACCUCCGUCCGACGGGUCCGUUAGCCCAGAAGCUCUCUGACUUCUGGCAGCAGUCCAAGCAGAUCUGUGGGAAGAACAAGGCCCACAACAUCUUCCCCCACAUCACCCUCUGCCAGUUCUUCAUGUGUGAGGACAGCAAGGUGGAUGGCCUGGGGGAAGCCCUGCAGACUACUGUCAGCCGCUGGAAAUGUAAAUUCUCAGGCCCGCUGCCCCUGGAGCUCUAUACCUCCUCCAACUUCAUCGGGCUCUUCGUCAAGGAGGACAGCGCAGAGGUCCUCAAGAAGUUCGCGGCUGACUUCGCCGCAGAGGCUGCGUCCAAAACAGAAGUGCACGUGGAGCCUCAUAAGAAACAGCUGCAUGUGACCCUGGCAUACCACUUCCAAGCCAGCCACCUACCCACGCUAGAGAAACUUGCCCAGAACAUUGAUGUCAAGCUAGGCUGUGAUUGGGUGGCCACCAUAUUCUCCCGGGAUAUCCGAUUUGCUAACCACGAGACGUUACAGGUGAUCUACCCCUAUUCCCCUCAGAACGAUGACGAGCUGGAGUUGGUUCCUGGGGAUUUCAUCUUCAUGUCUCCCAUGGAACAGACCAGCACCAGCGAGGGCUGGAUUUACGGCACCUCGCUGACCACUGGCUGCUCUGGGCUGCUUCCGGAGAACUAUAUCACCAAGGCUGAUGAGUGUAGCACCUGGAUCUUCCAUGGUUCUUACUCCAUCUUAAAUACGGUAUCAUCCAGCUCGCUCACGUUUGGUGAUGGAGCACUGGAGAGAAGGCAGCAUGAGGACCAAGGCCUUGGGGAGACAACACCUCUUACAAUCAUCUGCCAGCCCAUGCAGCCCCUGAGAGUCAACAGCCAGCCUGGACCCCAGAAGCGAUGCCUCUUUGUAUGUCGGCAUGGGGAGAGGAUGGACGUUGUAUUUGGGAAGUACUGGCUAUCCCAGUGCUUCGAUGCCAAAGGCCGCUACAUACGCACCAACCUGAACAUGCCUCAUAGCUUACCUCAGCGGAGCGGCGGUUUCCGGGACUACGAGAAAGAUGCUCCGAUCACUGUGUUUGGGUGUAUGCAAGCAAGACUAGUGGGUGAAGCCUUGUUAGAAAGUAACACCGUUAUUGAUCACGUUUACUGCUCUCCAUCCCUACGCUGCGUUCAGACUGCACAUAAUAUAUUGAAAGGUUUACAACAAGACAAUCACUUGAAGAUUCGGGUCGAGCCGGGCUUAUUUGAAUGGACCAAGUGGGUUGCUGGGAGCACAUUACCAGCAUGGAUACCUCCAUCAGAGUUAGCUGCAGCCAACCUGAGUGUUGAUACAACCUACAGACCUCACGUUCCAGUCAGCAAAUUAGUGAUUUCGGAAUCCUAUGACACGUACAUCAGCAGGAGUUUCCAGGUGACGAAAGAGAUAAUAAGUGAAUGUAAAAGUAAAGGAAAUAACAUUCUGAUUGUGGCCCAUGCAUCUUCUCUUGAAGCAUGUACCUGCCAACUCCAAGGCCUGUCCCCUCAGAACUCCAAGGACUUUGUACAAAUGGUCCGGAAGAUCCCAUACCUCGGCUUUUGUUCCUGUGAAGAAUUGGGAGAAACUGGAAUAUGGCAGCUGACGGACCCGCCCAUCCUUCCCCUUACCCAUGGACCCACCGGGGGCUUCAACUGGAGAGAGACUUUGCUGCAAGAAUAAGCCGCCUGAGAGGUGGGAAGAACUGGCCUCCGGUGGAUGAGUCCUCAGGAUGUUCAGCGACAGUGGAAAAGCCUACACUGCAUUCGAAGUGGACAGACAGCUCAGAAUCACUUACGUCCUUCUUUUCACGCUUGAGGGUCUUACGGUGAGACUGUGUCAAUGAGAGAAAGGCAGGACUCAGAGGGAGAAAAGAAAUCCAUCUUCUCUGGACGUGCCUAGCUACCAAGGCUUUGGAGAAUUGUCUUCCUACGCUGGGGCGCCUGCUGCAGCAGACACGACCAUCCUCAUUUGGGCUAUGCAUGGCUACAGAGCCUCGCUCUUCUCCCCCACCCUCAAGAGGUAUGCAAGGGGAACUGUGUCUCCGUGUGCCAGACUCCAUUUGCA